AUGGAGGUCUACCUCGGCUGGGCUCUGGUGUGGGUGUGGGUGUGGCUGGCUCUGCUUGCAACGCGCAGCUGGUGGAAGUCUACGGCGAACCACGGCUUGCGUCUCCCGCCGGGUCCAUGGACGCUGCCUAUCAUCGGCAGCCUGCACCACCUGGCCGGGAAGCUCCCUCACUGCGCCCUGCGCGACCUGGCGCGGCGCCACGGGCCGGUCAUGCUGCUCCGGCUCGGCGAGGUGCCCACGCUGGUGAUAUCGUCUCCGGCCGCGGCGCGCGAGGUGCUCAAGACCCAGGACCCGGCGUUCGCGUCGCGUUCGCUGACGGUCACCAUGCGCGUGGUCACCUGCGACGGCCGCGACAUCAUCUUCUCGCCGUACGGCGAGUACUGGCGCCAGCUACGCAAGGUCGCCGUCACCGAGCUCCUCACCAUGCGCCGCGUCCGCUCCUUCCGCGCCAUCCGCGAGGAGGAGGUCGCCACCAUGCUGCACCACGUCGAGCGCGCCGCCGCCGCCGGCACCCCCAUGGACAUGCGCACGCGCCUGUCGGCCAUCGUCUCCGACACCACCUUCCGCGCCGUCAUGGGCGACCGCUGCAAGCAGCGCGACGUGUUCCUGCGGGAGCUCGACUCUCUCGUCAGCCUCACGUCGGGACUUAACCCCGUGGACCUGUGGCCGUCGUCGUGGAUCGCCAGGCUGCUCAGCGGCGACCUGCGCCGUGCCAAGAAGAACCACGCCGUGGUAUUCCAGAUCAUCAGGGACAUUGUCCAGGAGCAUCUCAAGGGCGGCGGCGAUGAAGCCGAGGAUCUAGUUGACGUGUUGCUCAAAGUGCACAAGGAUGGUGGAGUCGACAUGCUCGGAGUCGAAGCCGUCAUCUUUGAUCUCUUCAGCGCCGGAAGCGAGACGUCGGCCACGACGCUGGAAUGGGCCAUGGCCGAGAUGAUCAAGAACCCAACGGUGAUGAAGAGGGCCACGGCGGAGGUGCGCCGGGCAUUCGAGGCCGGCGGCAAGGUCGUCGAGGACAGGCUCGGCGCCGACCUCCCGUACCUGCAGCUCGUCGUCCGGGAGACGCUCCGUCUCCACCCGCCCCUGCCGCUGCUGCUCCCGCGCCAGUGCCGGCAGCCGUGCAAGGUGCUCGGCUUCGACGUGCCCGAGGGCACGCAGGUCAUCGUCAACGGCUGGGCGCUGGGCCGCGACGAGCAGAGCUGGCCCGACGCCACCGAGGAGUUCCGGCCGGAGCGCUUCGAGGCCGGCGACGGCGCCGACUUCAGGGGCACCGACUUCGAGUUCCUGCCCUUCGGAGCCGGCCGGAGAAUGUGCCCCGGGAUGGCGUUCGGCCUCGCCAACGUGGAGCUUCCGCUCGCCAGCCUGCUGCUCCACUUCGACUGGGAAGCGCCCGGCAUCUCCGAUCCUGCUGAGUUCGACAUGACGGAGGGGUUCGGCGUCACUGCGCGCCGGAAGGCCACCCUCCUCCUGCGCCCUUCCCUCCGCGUGCCAACCCCUCGAACUGGACUCGUCGCCUAA